UUCCUGCGGGCGGGGCGGGGCGGCGCAGGCUCGGCCCUGCUCGGCAGCCCCCGCGGCCCGCCGCAGCAUGUGAGCCCGGCGGGGCGGGGAUGCUCUGGCUGCUCUGCGGCCCCUCCCGCGCCAUGGAGAGCCAGGCGCUAGUGAUCCGCAUCAAGAUCCCCGACGGUGGGGCCGUCGACUGGACCGUUCACUCGGCGCCUCAGCUGCUCUUCAGGGACGUGCUGGAUGUCAUCGGUCAAGUUUUGCCAGAUGCAACAACAACAGCAUUUGAGUAUGAAGAUGAGGAUGGUGAUCGGAUUACUGUUAGAAGCGAUGAAGAAAUGAAAGCCAUGCUAUCUUAUUAUUACUCCACUGUAAUGGAACAGCAAGUAAAUGGACAGUUAAUAGAGCCUCUACAGAUAUAUCCAAGAGCCUGCAAGCCUCCUGGGAAACGGAACAUACAUGGCCUGAAGGUAAAUACGCGAGCAGGGUCUGCUAAUAAUAGCAGUUCGGCAGUCUCGGAUUCCCUUCCAAGCAAUAGCUUAAAAAAGUCUUCUGCAGAGCUAAAGAAAAUACUUGCAAACGGCCAGAUGAAUGAACAAGACAUACGGUAUCGAGACAUCCUCGGUCAUGGCAAUGGAGGCACAGUCUACAAGGCAUAUCAUGUCCCAAGUGGAAAAAUACUAGCAGUAAAGGUCAUACCCUUAGAUAUAACACUGGAACUCCAGAAGCAGAUAAUGUCAGAGUUAGAAAUUCUUUAUAAGUGUGACUCAUCGUAUAUCAUAGGAUUUUAUGGUGCAUUUUUUGUAGAAAACAGAAUUUCAUUGUGUACAGAGUUCAUGGAUGGGGGUUCUUUGGAUGUUUAUAGAAAAAUUCCAGAACAUGUACUUGGAAGAAUAGCAGUAGCUGUUGUGAAGGGCCUUACCUAUUUAUGGAGUCUAAAGAUUUUACAUAGAGAUGUGAAGCCGUCUAAUAUGUUGGUGAACACGCGAGGCCAGGUGAAGCUGUGUGACUUUGGGGUUAGCACUCAGCUGGUGAAUUCUAUAGCCAAGACGUAUGUUGGAACAAAUGCUUAUAUGGCGCCUGAGCGGAUUUCAGGAGAACAGUAUGGAAUUCAUUCGGAUGUUUGGAGUCUAGGGAUUUCCUUCAUGGAGCUUGCUCUUGGGAGGUUUCCAUAUCCUCAGAUUCAGAAAAACCAGGGAUCUUUAAUGCCUCUCCAGUUAUUGCAGUGCAUUGUUGAUGAGGAAUCGCCCGUCCUUCCAGCCGGGGAGUUCUCUGAGCCAUUUGUACACUUCAUCACUCAAUGCAUGAAAAAGCAACCAAAGGAAAGGCCAGCACCUGAAGAUUUAAUGGGCCACCCAUUCAUCGUGCAGUACAACGAUGGGAAUGCAGAAGUCGUGUCCAUGUGGGUGUGCAGGAUGCUUGAGGAACGGCGAUCGACCCAAGGACCACAGUGAGCUGGACUGGCUCACAGCAAUGUGCAAGACUGGACUAGCAGCACCAGCCCCACGCUUCGGACUCUCAGUCUCUCUGGAUCAUAUUUUACUAAAAAUAUUUUCUAGAAGCAUCAACAAAAUCUUUCAGGAUAUUUGUUGCUGCCUUUCCCUCAACGCCACAUUAAGGGAUUUUCUUCCCACAUUUCUUUUGUUGCUGAGCAAUUUAAUGUCCUCAGAUUAUCUUCAGUUAAACUGUACACAGCCUUAAAGCAAGUAUUUUAUAUCUAUAUUUUUUUGUUAUCGAAUGUAUUGUAUAUUUCCUGGCUCCAGAGUAUUUUUUAACUGUUAGUCUUUUGCUAUUGUAUGAAUGACACGCGGAGUGUUCAGAGGAUUUCGGCAGGAGUUGUUGGCUGCCUUUGAGUGCAGACAUCCACAAAAUGCUGAUUUUAAAUGUAAAACAAAAGCAAAGAAACAAAAAACCCAAAAGUAUCUGGACUUGCCCAUCCUGCAAGGAGGCGAGGGAUUGCCCUUCCAGAGUAAAAGCAUGGCAGAGAGAUCAGCAUCACACAAUCAAAUGACUGGUGGUGCCUCUGCUGCCAGUCGCCUGCUGCUGUGGCUCAGGUUUGCUGGGUGGGCCAAGCAAGAAAGACAAUGCAACAAGCUGGUGUGUGCAAAGAGCAUCCAUGCUCAGGCACUGCAGGCUGAUCUGUAAGCGCAGAAAGGUUUUGCUGAUGUGGAAAGAGGUGAGGUGAAAGAAGACAGCGCUCUCCUCAACAGGGAGUAGGGAUGCCGCUGGGUGAGCACCAGCCAGAGCUGGCAGCCCCAGAGCCACGCACAGUCACCGUGGGCUGUUGGCCUCUGGCUGCAAAGGGAGAGCAGCCCCGAGCAUGGGGAGUUUGCGAACAGCAGCAACAUGCCGUGAGGUUCUGCCCGUGCUGCACAAGGAAGCCGAGGGCCACAGCACAGGCUUGCAUAGUGUCCCAUGAGCUUGGGGGGUGGGAAGAGAGCCUGCACAGAGGGGCCCAAGCCGUGGUGUGCCACUUGCCCUCCUGGCCAGAGAACAGGCUGCAGGGUUUUACUUACUGUCACAGCAGUUCGCAGCUUGCUUGGAAGUGUCUUGCCUUUCUCAGCUCUAUCUUGAUCGUUUAUUUUCUUACGUCAGAGUCGCUGCACGAUUGGUGCAGCUGGGUCAAGCAAAGGCUCCCAGGUUUGCUCUUACCGUAAAGGAAAGAAGAACAAUUGCAAUGUCUCUGCUGUGUUUCUUACUCCUGCAAUUUCCGUGUACAUUUCCACAACAGACUGACAGAUUUAAUCAGUCCUUAUGUUAAGAUGCAUAUUAAAAAAAAACCACAGAAGAGAGGAGGACCAUGACAGGCAGGGUUGGUGUGUGUGCCUUGGGUGGGGGAGGAGGUUGGGGCUUUUGUUUGCUUGUCUUAGCGUUAGAAAUAAACUUUUGCUAAAAAAAAAAGCUCAGGUAGUUUAUUAUAUACCAGCAGCUUAAAAAAACCCAAUUCGGUGAAAAAUUCCUCCUGAACCACUGCAAAUCCUAGAUGUUACUCUGGAAGCCGCCUGGAAAAGACUUUGUUUCUUUCCUUGGAGGGAUCGUUUGUCUUCUUUUGAAGUAUAGAGGUUGCAGGCAUGAACUUAUAGACUAAAGUUUGUCUUAAUUGCUCUGAUGUCACAACCUCCCUGCCAGAUAACAGUACAAUGAAUGACUCAACAGCCCCCAUACCUCCAGGUCCUUUUUCUAAAGUGAGACAAAUUUCUUCCCUGUGAGCCAACCAGACUAUAGGCAGCUCUUCCAUUUAUUUAUCUCUAACAGUUUGCAUUAGCUUUCUCUGGAUAAAAAGUCUCUCCCUUGGAGUUAGUUAAAAAGUCAGUAAAACCAAGGCUUUUCCUCUCACUUUCCCUGGCAGGGAGGUCGGGAGGGUAAGACGUCACCCUGAAAAUCUGUGCGGGAUGCCAGCUGAUGGAAACGUGAAAAAUCUCCUGGCGAACGGGCUGACAGUGUUAUAAUUCACUGGCAUAUGUAUUAACCUUGCUGUCUUCAUCAGUAUACUUAAUCAAUCCACAAUCAUGGGGGAGGUUUGGGGCCUCUCUCAUCUUUCCUUCCCCAAGUCCUUGAAUUCAGUGCAGUCAGGGGACGGGAGGA